AUGCUUGCACAAGAAGUCAGCCAGGAAGAACUGGUGUUUCAAUUGGCAAAUAUCGGAGGGUAUACAGCACCACCCAAGACAACAACAUCGUCGGACGCAACAGUUACGCCAGGCUCAUCGCGAUCCAGAAAAUGGGGACAGAGCAAAUUUCAAAAGUUGACCAAGCCCAAGAGCCAGCACCACCACCAAAUUAGCCCUACCAGCUUUCGAAUGGCGCGCAAGACGUCGGAUGGCGCCUGCAUAAACCUCGAAAGCACCCCCUCUUGGGUCUCAAACUCCCCGUCCAGCCCCAGUAGUAGGUCCCUUAGCCUGUUGGAAGUGCCAUCGAGAUUGACGACGAUUCCUCACCCUGAGGUCAAGCCGGCUAAGCCCGUCAUGCUCAAGAGUACAAGUGUGCCUUACGGUGAGUGGAACACCCCGAACACUGCCACUUCUCCGCCUCAGUAUAGUGUCAAAAGUACUCCACCAAGAGUCAAACCGUUUGAUCAUCCGAGCUACUCCACAAGUAAGAAAUCUUAUCUCAACGAGCCGUGUUGCUUGUGCCAGGAGGUCAUCUCAUGUCGAGCCCUGGGUGAGAAAGUCAUUGCUUUGGAAUGUGGCCAUUUGACGCACGAAGAGUGUCUUAUGGCUUAUUUUGAGACUUCUUCAACGUGUCGCAACGUUGACGACAUGUUUCCGCUGUGUCACAAGUGUGGGAACGAUGUACGGUGCGUACCGUCCGAGCCGGGCCUUCGAGAUAAGUGUAUUUCGCGGAUUUUGAUGAAGGCAAGUCCUGUAUCGAAAAAGUUCCCUAACAUGCUCUCUGAGUCUUCUGUCACCGAGAAAGACAUCACCACCCCAGUCAAUCCUACUGGAGCCGGUCUGCGAAAGUUCCAAUUCGGCGUUGCCAGAAGUGCAUCUGGCUCCAAGAAAAACGUCAAAGAACUUUCUCUUCAGCUGUCUCCAUUUGUGAGCUCGCUCAAUACCAUUGGAAGGGGAAGCCUUAUAUCUGGUAUUUCCUCAAUCGUGUCUUCCGUACCGACUCAAACACCCAUUGACUUGGCAGGCCGAUCAGACAGCUCGGGUAUUAACAAUGCUCCUAGACUACCCUUGACGGUGCUCAGGUCCUACUACUCACACACCCUUCUGGAAAACUUCCCCCAAACUCUGCGAGGGUGGGAACUAGAUGCAAAAUUCGGUCUUUUGCGAAUCGUUGACCGACUAAUGUUUUCCGAGGACGGCAAAACCUAUCACGAUGCUUGCUGUUACCUUUUCGCCGACGCUUUUCUGAUUGCACUAGUAUCACCAACGUUCGACCCGAAGAACUUCGCAGGUUUGAGAUUCGACAAAUUUCUAAUUCAUCAUCCAUUAUCUAAUACAAGUGUCGAUUCACUCAACUCGUCGGUGUUGAAGUGUACAAUUCUGAGCGCGAUGAAAAACUCAGCGAUAAUGCAAGGUUCCACCUUUUACUUGACAGAGUCUCUUGAGUCAGAUAAGAGCCAGGUCGUCGAGAAAUGGAUCACAGCACUUUUAAACCGGGAAAUGGUUUUUAGAAGUUCCAACUUCUCCUCCACCUUGCCGCCUCUGCCAGUUACAACAGAUGUAUCUUCAUCGAGGCUUUCACUGCGAAGAACAGGUAGAAAAAGCCUUGACAUGGAAUUCAAAGACGAUCUGAGCAAUGCAGACAUCAUAGUUCGCAAUAGUCUGGCUGUUUCAAAUGGAAGGUCUCGCAGAACCACUAUUACAUCUCUUCUUUCGCUGAAACGCGAUCGUCCCAAGAACCUCGCCGUCGUCCUACAGCUUGAUCUUUCUAAGUUGAAAAAUGCAGAGUUUGUCGCUCUCAUCAACAGCUUACGUGCUCUUUCUAUGAAGAUGCAAGAAACGAAGUUUUGUCUUGUGGACUCCGAUGGAGGGAUAAUAAGUCAGGGCCCCGUCGAAGAUCAAAUCUUCAGCCUGCAAAAAUUAAAUACUGGGACAAAUAAGGCUGCUUCUGUCAGUAGGCCGCGCUUUUCGUCGCGAGAGUUUAGAGAAAAAUGCUGCCCUGACAUGACUGACAAUGUUGGAAUCGCAGUUUUCUCCAAUACACCUGUUGAAGACGGCAAGACCUGCCUCUACGAGGAUUACAAUUGUUUCUCAAGCUCAAAUCGAAGUAGGCCUCAAGAACUUAAAGUUCACGUUGGUUUUCUGAAUUUUGAUCAUACAGACCGCGUUUCAGAACUCGUAGAGGUUUCUUCAUUCCAUGAUAUACUUGAAACUGUGUGUUACGGAUUCAAUUUAACUUUCGGUGAAGAUGAUGACGACGAAGAUGAUGAUAAUGAGGAAUGUGCUUCUUUUGCUGGAGGUAACAACUCUCUUACUCUUAAGGGAGAACAUGGAAUUGAGAACUUACUGGAACGUGAAGCCUUAGACAGCGUGGCAAGUGCCAUUAGUGGUCGAACUGAAAGAGAUGAAGACCUCAAAAGUGAAUUGGUGGACUAUAGUGCAUACCGGGAUAGUUCACAAUCAAGUCUUUCAUCACCGCUUGCUCCUAGUAAUGGAACAAUAUGUGAGAGCGCUGGGGCGUAUUCUAAUUGCUCAAAGAAAACGACAAACACUUUGAAUACUCCUCGGAGCGCAAUAAACUCGUUUUACGCGCCAAUUCGCACUCAAGAAAUGAGCUCGCGGGACGAGCAGUGUAGUGAAAUCAAUCACCGUCGAUCUGAAAUACGAUCUCUGCAAUUUGAAAAUCCGUACCUUUUUGGAAAUUGCGAAAGUCCCCUCCCGCCAAUUCAGACUGUUCCACAUGAGGCUGUUCCUGGAUGGGCUUGUUUUGUUGAAGGAUUCAACAGGGCAUUAGACGAAGCCAUUGAUUCUGAGGAUGAAAGAGGGGACGUUAGGAGCUCAUCUUUAUUACGACAAUCAAGCUACAACUACAUGUAG